AUGAAGUCGUUCACUCUUUUCAGCGCCGCGCUUGCCGCAGUCGCACAAAUUGUUUCUGCUGCUGUCACAGUCAACGGAGCUGCAGAAGGUUUUGCUAAGGGCGUUACUGGUGGUGGUUCCGUAGCUGCUGUCUACCCAAAAACAACCGCCGAACUCGUUUCCUACUUGGGAGACUCCUCCCCUCGUGUCAUCGUCCUCACCAAGACCUUCGAUUUCAGAGGAACCGAGGGUACCACCAGUGCCACUGGAUGUGCACCAUGGGGUACCGCGGCCAAGUGCCAACUUGCUAUCAAUGGCGCCAAUGGAUGGUGUCAGAACUAUGAGCCAGAUGCUCCAUCUGCCAGCGUCACCUACGACAACGCUGGUGUUCUCGGUAUCUCGGUUGCUUCCGACAAGACUUUGAUCGGUGAGGGUUCCACUGGUAUCAUCCAAGGAAAGGGUCUCCGUAUGGUUUCCGGUGCUAGCAACAUCAUCAUCCAAAACAUCAAGAUCGAAGAGAUCAACCCUAAGUACGUCUGGGGAGGUGACGCUAUUACUAUUAACGAUGCUGAUAUGAUCUGGAUUGAUCACGUCACCACUUACCACAUCGCCCGUCAACACAUCGUUCUUGGUACGCUCGCUUCCAACCGUGUUACUCUCUCCAACAACUACAUCAACGGUGUCUCUGAUUACUCUGCCACUUGUGACGGAUACCACUACUGGGGUAUCUACCUCGAUGGUUCCAACGAUAUGGUCACCAUGAAGGGUAACUACAUCUACCACACCUCUGGACGUUCCCCCAAGGUUCAAGGAAACACCAUCCUCCAUGCCGUUAACAACUACUGGUACGACAACUCCGGACACGCGUUCGAGAUCGGUGCCGGUGCCUACGUCGUCGCUGAGGGCAACGUUUUCCAGAACAUUCCAGUCGUCGCUGAAUCUCCAAUCGCUGGUGAGCUCUUCACUGCUCCAUCUACCACCGCCAACGCAGCCUGUUCCGCCUACCUUGGACACACUUGCCAAGUCAACGGUUUCGGUUCUUCUGGCACUUUCAGCUCCUCCACCACCAGCUUCUUCUCCGAUUUCUCCGGAAAGAACAUCGCUUCCGCUUCCGCAUACGGCACCGUUGUCGCCAGUGUCACUGCCAACGCUGGUUUCGGAAAAGUUACCUACUAA